GAGUAUGGCCACGAUCCCUCUUUUGAGCUCGCUGACCGAAGUUCUCUAUUCGUGAUUUAGAUUGGAUCUUUAAAUGGAAUUCAUAGGCACUUCAUCGUCUGAUGUUAAAUCAAACAUCCCAAAGAACCAGAUUCCAUGGGGUGACGAAGGGGAUACGGUGAUCUGCCGUCACCCGUGGUGCGGGAUGAUGAAGUUACGAUUGCUGCUCGCAGGAGGAAGAAGGUGGCUUUUCCGUCACCUGGCGGUGGCAGUCCAGUUUCUAAGGCAACACCUGCACGGUCAUUGCUAAGAAACACUCCUGCUUCUUUGUACAGGCAAGCUGUCACUCCCAGAGCUACAGAUAUGUCUUCCAUCUUGGCUUCAGGAGGCAGAACCCCAAGAUUUGCACAGACACCUCGGGGAACGAUCGGCAGCAUGAAUUUGGAUGACAGUGACUGGACCAACAGCGUGUAUGUUUCCCCCGCUUCUGGUCUGGAGAACACUUUUUUCACAGAGGACAUUGGCAACCUGAGCUCAGCUCUUCUGAAGGAAGAUGACCCAGGAGAAGCCUCGGCUGCCAGUCUGUUUUCCGAGUUUCUUGCAUCCUUCCAGAAGCACUCAUCCUCUGCUUUGUUUGACCUGCUGGAUGAUUACCAGACACUCUGCAAGGAAAAGGGAGAUGUGCUGCAGUCAGUGGUGCUCAGAGCAGGUCAGAACAGCAAAACAGCCAGCGUCCACUGGCUACUGCAACAGGAGCGAAACACUUGGAGACUCGUCUCCUCCCUCUACAGAGACCGUGUCCAGUCUGCACUGGAGGAUGACAUGAUGACAGACAUGAUUGUUCCAAGUGAGAGUGAGAAGGUUGUGGUGGAGCAACUCUUCCAGAGGGAUUCUGUCAUACGUCAAAGUCAGAUGGUCGUUGACUGGCUGGAGAGCAUCGCUAAGGAUCAGAUUGGAGACUUUUCGGACAACAUCGAAUAUUAUGCCAAAAAUGUCUGCUGGGAGAACACACUUCAUGCACUUAAGCUGAGGAGAAAAAGUUCUGCUGGACUGACCAUCCCUCUGGUCACUGAGCUGGAUCCGGAUGCUCCAUUCCGCCAGCAACGCCCCCUGGCCGACCUAGACAAAGAGGAUGACGCCAGGUUACUGAAGAACUUGUUCACUCUGAUUAGAGCAGGGAUGACGGAAGAGGCUCAGAGGCUUUGUAAGCGCUGUGGCCAGGCUUGGCGAGCUGCAACUUUGGAAGGCUGGAAGCUCUACCACGAUCCAAACAUGACAUCGGGCAGUUUUGAGCUUCAGCCUGUGGAAGGAAAUCCCCACAGGGGAAUCUGGAAGGCCUGUUGCUGGAGGAUGGCAGAGGAGGAGCAGCUGAACAGAUAUGAAAAAGCCAUCUAUGCCAGCCUGAGUGGAAACCUUAAACCGCUCCUGGCAGUGUGUGAAUCCUGGGAGGACUAUGUCUGGGCCUACUUCAGGGUCAUGGUGGACUCUCUGGUUGAAAAAGACCUGAUGUCGUCUGGAAUGUCUCACCAGGAGGUGGAGACUCUGCCACGGGAAUAUCUGGAGUCCAACUGGACUAUGGAGCGAGUGUUUGAGGAGCUACAGGCAUCAGAGUUGAAGAGGGUUUUGGAGGAGAUAAAGGAACAUUAUCAUGUCAUCCAGAAGUUUGUUAUCCUCGGAGACCUGGAUGGUCUCUUGGAUGAGAUUUCGAAUUGGCUGACAUCCACCAAGCCCCUUCCCUCCCACCUGCUCCGUUUUAUGACUCAUCUGCUCCUGUUUUUCCGCACCCUGGGUUUGGCCCUGAAGGAGGAGGUGUUUGUGGAAGUGCUUAAGGCCUACAUCAACCUCCUGAUCCGGGACCAGCAGACCGACCUUAUCGCCGGUUAUGUGUGCCAGCUGCCGGCCGACCUUGCCACCGCUCAGUACGCUGCCUUCCUGCAGACAGUCAGCCAACCACAGCUUCGUCCACACUGCCUGCAGCUUGCCACCGAUGCUGGUCUGGAUGUCGCUGCUGUGACGAAGCUUGUGGUCGAGACAGUGCGGGAACAAGAUGACCAGAAGUUCACGCAUCAUGACCAAACGCUGGAGAUGGCAACAACAAAGGAGGACCAGAGGAAGAUUGACGUCAUUGACUGGUUAUUGUUUGAUCCUGCGCACCGAGCUGAGGCCCUGAAGCAGUCCAAUGCCAUUAUGAGGAAAUUCCUGGCUCUACAGAAGCAUGACGCUGCCAAGAUGGUCUUUUCAAAAGUCCCAGAGGACUCCAUCAGGGAGAUCUACUGCCAGUGGUCUGGGGUUGGUCAGACAACGCCACUUCCGGCUGAAGAUGAGAACGCAAUCAGGGAGCACUUGUGCAUCAGAGCCUACCUGGAAGCGCAUGAGGCUUUCACUGAAUGGUUUAGCCACAGCAGUUCUGCCCCUCAGAAGCCAGCACCUGCCCCUGGGGCUAAGUUUACGGAGCGCGUAGCCAAUGAGAUGAGGGAAAAGGAGUAUGAGGUGUCUCUGUCUGCUUGGUCGAGUCGCCUUGAGGUGGUGACUGAAGAUGUGAAGGAAAGAAUCUACAAUGUACUGCUGUUUGUUGAUGGAGGCUGGAUGGUGGACAACAGACAGGAUUGUGAAGCUGAUUCCGAGCGCAGCCACCAGAUGGCAGCAUUGCGUUCUCUGUGUCUGCCCCGACUCAGCUUCCUUCUCCUCAGUGUGCUGCAAAACUCCUCCCGACAUCAGGAGGCGCUGCGACUUGCUGACAUCAUCUCAUCUGACCAGCACCAACUGUACCUGGUAUUCUCUAAAGAAGACCUCAGAAGGUUUCUUCAGAAACUGAGGGACUCGUCACUUGCUCUACUGGACCAAGGACUUGACCCACUGGGAUAUGAGUUGCAAUCAUGAAUUGACAACCACACAUUCUUGUCAUUGUUUAAAUACAUUUGGAGAUGAUUGUUGUGUUUAUAUGUAUGCUAAAUAAAAAAAA